CGAUGGGCAUGGGCCUACCGUAAGGAAGACGGAUUACUGGCACACACUAACAAUGGCUUAGAACGUCAAAAUAGGGUGUUCAAACACAAGUUCCUGACAGACAGAUCAUCAUAUUCUGUUUCUGGCAUGAUAUCUGCUCUUAUCACUGAAUAUCUAACAAGCAGAAAGAAACAGUACAUCAUGGCCAAUGUAAAAGCAGAUGCUGGUUUUGGGAGGUCCUAUAAAGAGGUGGUCCCAGAGUAUCUCUGGAACAGACCACCAUAUUUCAUAGACCACUGCUUGAAAAGAAUGCAAUCGGCUCAAGCCUUAUCAGCAAAUGAUGUUAAAAGAACAGGGCCACAUACAUUUCAGGUAGA